AUGCAAUCGUCCAACCCACCAACUUUAACAUCAACUGUAUUUUCUAUAUGUCCCAGGUGUAAUUACCAGAACUCAAAAUGCCUAAAUUGGUGCGCUUUUUGUGGAAAUCUACUGAUAGGUAGUGAUUCUAUCCCAACUAAUUCUUCAUCGUCUUUUUACUUGCCACAAAACUACCAACCAUAUGAAUCUUCAGCUCAUUCUCCUUUACAAAAUGAUGAAAAUCAAAUUUCUCUCGUAAAUUCAGAUCAUUUCUCCCAUUCAUCACUGAAUAGAAUGUGUGCCUCUGAAAUUUUCACGCAUAGCAUGUCAAGCUUAUUAGAUGUGGAAAGUUAUCCGUUGCAAUCCCAAGUUUCUUCUAGUCGAUCGAACCUGUUUGCAGAUAAUCACUUCCCAUACGUGCAAAGCAAUCCUUCCUUGGGAUUAAAUUUUCAGCGCCCUUCGAGGCAACGCUGCAUUUCUGGACCUUGCGAUGGGGCUUAUAGAAUGGAUCAGUACUUGCGAAAUCUUUAUUGGAACAACUUUUCUUUCUCAAGUCCUUUCUUCUCCGAAGCAGAAAUCAAUGAACCAAAUCAGCUAGAUUACAUCAAUUUCGUUAAUAUCGAUCCUAUGGUCAUGCAACCUGGCCAACAAAACCAAACAAAUUUGGUCUUUAUUGAAAAUGGCCACCAAUCCAAACAUGGUGUUAGCCAAAUUUCGGAAUUACUUAAAGAUUGCAGAACCGAAACGCUUCGUCAACAGAAUAUGGACGAAAUGAAUAGCACGCAGUCUCCAAAUCAGAGACAUACUAAUGGCUUUAGAACUAGUGGGCCAAUUAGCAGAUGCAAUAAUAGAGUAAAGUGGAAUAAAAGAAAACAAAAAGCUCCUAAGCAUCUGCAGCCAGUUAGCACUGUAGUCCAAGAGAACAACCAGGAUUGUGUUUCGCUGAUCGAUUUUUCCGCUGAUGUAAAACCCUUCCAGCCCUCCCAGACAUCAACUGAGGGAGCCCCCGAAGAGACGGGCCCUUCUUGGCAAAAUAUGCCAUCUGAAUGGUGGUAUGGUGUAGUUCGCCAUCUGUCUUAUUCGGACCGUUCUGCCCUUGCCUUGACUUGUCGUAGGCUAAGCAUGAUCGUGGCAAAUCGUGUUAAUUGGCGUACCAUUCGUCUUGAACGCUAUCAACACCUCUCGGAUACCGCUCUCAUGCAAAUUGGUCGAAAGAAACCGAAGCAUUUGCACUUUGAAUACUGCAGUGGAGAGGGUGUAACUGAAGGAGGUGUUGAUCGGCUAUUCAGAGCAUGUGGCAAGGGUCUGGAAUCCCUCUCUUUCGUCGGUUGUUACAAAGGUGCAUUUCAAGGUGAUUAUCCAUUGAUGGUAUCGGCUAGACGGUGUCCAAAUCUCCACUACAUUGAUGCUAGUUACGUCCAAUCUGUGCGCGAUCAGACUGUUCGUGCAAUUUCAAGGGGUUCCAAAGCUCUCAAGUCUCUUCUGCUCAAUGGUGCUCAACUUAUCUCGAAUUCAGCUAUCGAACAUGUUGUGAGGAGACAUAAAACAACCUUGGAACGACUGGAACUCUUUGGAUGCUUCCACUUGAAUUCCAGGAUAUUCACUACCCUGGGGGAGUGCAGGGGUUUGCGGGCUCUGGCUUUCGGAUUUUUACAUCACCUCUCUGCCAACGGUCUCUUGGAGCUCUUCUCUAAAUUACCGCGCCUCUGCUCACUUGAUCUUCGAGGAACUCAGAAAUUAGUGACGGACGCGACCCUCUCUCGUCUAGCAUCAGAGUGUCCCCUCUUGGAGGAGAUAGUGCUGGCCAACUCAACCUCCCUCACUGGGGAAGAGGGAGUAAUCAAGAUGCUCCACCAACUGCCCCGCUUGCGUGUCCUUGACCUCUGUGGCCUUGUGGUUGUGGGGGAUGGCACUGUGCGUGCCCUCGCUACCAGCUGUCCACUACUAGAGGAACUAGAUAUCUCAGCCACUUCUGUCACUGAAGUUGGACUUAAAUAUCUUUCGGAGGCUCCAACUACAAGUCUCAAGUCCUUGCGGAUUAAUCACAAGCCUGACAUCACAGCAGAAGCCAUUGAGACGCUGGUUAAAUCCUGCCCAAAACUAACCCGACUAACGCUAUAUGGCUUCGAUUUUAUUCAAAGCUGGGAAUUCCUCUUUAAUCAUCGGCCAAUGUUAGUAAUCAGCACAGAGGGAAAGCGCUUCACUCGUUCAUCGUCGAAGUAA